UCAGCCAGCAGGCACAACAGCAGUAGUGAAAGCAAUCGUGCACACGGCAGAACACGGAAGCAUGGCUAAGAAAGGAAAAGAGGACGGCUCCGUCGCCGAAACCUUGGAGGAAAAGGUGCAGGAGCUGGCAACGGACGCGAAAGAGGAGACGAGUGGUUCCACCUCUUCUCCUGGCGUUUUAGACACUCUGAAGGGAGGCUUUCAGACAAUUACCGGCGGGAUGGGAAUGGCCGGGCAAACGUUGGGCGAAUGGAAAGAUCAAGGAACUCCGCUGAGAAGAAUGUUCAAGACGGCACGGUUGGACCUAGAAGACGCCACAGCGAAGGCACGAGAGAAGGCCGCCUGCAGGCAGACGAAGAUGAGGGAGAACUUGCAGAAGAUGGCCGAGGAGAGGCAGGCGCGUUUUAAGGAGUUCGACAAAUCAGGAGCGCUGACAAAAUGCUCGGAGAUCAAGAAACAACACCCCGAGCUCGUGGUCGGGGGCUUCACGCUCGCGGUGGCCCUGCCUUCGGCACUCGCCGGACGGCGGGCGUUCUUCAGGAACGGUGCGAGAGCCUUGGUGCUGUCGUCUGCCGUGGUCUACGGGGGAGCAUGGAUGAAGCGGCGAGGCCUCAUUCCGCCUCAACUCGUAGGGAGCGAUGACAGCGAGGCCCCGCCACCGCAGUGAUACGCCGAUCGAGUCUUUCACACAGAGCACGAUAUAUCUACUGCAAGUCGGAGGGAGGGAGGGGGUGGGGUCUGGGCAGAGAGGGGCGUGCAGGAUUUCAUGGCCUUCUCUCUCGCGAAGAGGUCAUGUGUUGGAGAGAGAGGUGGAGGGAUGGAGGGAAAGGGGCGGGGAGGAGAUGUGCGUCCCGCGUAGGCGUGCGCGAAGUUGGUGAGAGUGAAUGGCCGAUGUCUGCUUAUGCAGGUCAUAGGGCUAACCUGCCUACCAGCUCAAUGAUGAGAGCGGUCCUCUUCCUCCGAAGCUGAAUGAUUGACUGCAGGCUAGAAGGUCUGCCUUGGGUGUCUGGGUAUGCCGUUGUCAGGGCAAUUUCAUUUUGUAGGAGUAGCAGCUCGUAGUCAAGCUUGUUUUACCCACGUCGGGAAUUUUGAACCCCACAAGGGGCUGUCUAAUUUUGUUGCACGCUGUGAAGUUUAUUUCUUUUGCAGGAAAGUGUGUGCCCAAGACAAGAGCUUGCGCCACCAGUAAGAAUCAAGAACUUGUCCGCUGUCGUUGCGAUAGCUAGUUUUUUGUGGUACAUCGUGGCACACUUUCUGCUGCUAUUGGCUGUUCAUGCCUCCGUGGCUUGUUUGGCGUGGGGGGGGCGGGGGGAUCGCAGGGCCAUUCAUCGCGUGUUCAAGCAAACAACAAAACACGUACUGGCAUUUGGUUUUGAGGCUCUAGGGCUGGCCGGGAAUAAAGUUCCAGGACUAUGCGACUCCUCGACCCCGUGUGAGUCACAGAAGUGACUUUUCUUUUGCGGAAUGUGUGCUGCACGUGCCUGUUGGAGAGUACAUGUGGGGCGGUCAGGGUGUAGACGAUGCUCGGAUGCAGAGUCCCAAGCGGAUUCAAAGGGCGCGUGAUCGAUAGCCGCACACCUUUGGGCCAUUCAGCUUUUCUUUCUUUUUGUUCUUUCCUUCAGCACCGGUCCACCCUCUUUUCAUCACCUAUCCACGUGCAUGGGUUGGUUCCACUCUACUUGAAGUCCUCGCCUUGUCUUCCGCGACGAAGUUGGCCCCAAAGAACUGGAUGAAGAUACACAUGCAUACUAGGAGAGGAAAGACAUCGGACGACAUGCGUGCGAAGGAAUUAAUCGUGCCCUUCAUUUGUCCCGAAGGACGUGGUCAAAUUUCAUUCCUUCAAAGGAGCGGAUGCCGCCCCCCCCAAAAAAAAACCUGUAUCAUGCUCUUUGAGUUUUUGAGUCCGAUGGCGAUUUCCCUGACCUGACGAAAGCUACGCGCACGAGAUCGCGGCGGUGCCUCAACGAGACCUAGACCUCGGCUUUCUCCGUGGGGAUAUUCAAACGAAGCGACCCCGGUGCCGAAAGCAAGCUCUUCCUCAGAAGAUACACGCACACAAGCUUUGAAACGCCAUUUUCUCCACCCUCCGGCUAUCUACUUGCGCCUAGCCCCGCCCGUUCUCGCCAGUAUCAUCGCUUUGGCGUAAACUAAAAACCCACGUAAAUUCAGAAACAGCUACACGUAGGCACGAUCACCACCAAAAACUUGCAGCCUCCACGGCAUGUGCAGACUCGGCUGUAGUAGUGAAGACCGCUUGCGUCACUGAAAGGCAGUGCACCCGCCCGCGAAAAUAGAGAGGCGUUGCCGGGUAGCGGGAAUUGCGUGCUUUUUUUGGCCGCUGGCCCACUCCCUCUCUCACAACCUCACCACACACCACACCACAAACAUGUGAUUUACUACAUCAGCCAUCCGCGAUUGGCCUCCCCUCUCUCCCCCCAACGUCACAACCUCCAAAGGACACAGAGAAUAGUCCCAUCCUCAAAGCUUGCACGCGCUGUGCAUACGCGCCUGUGGGGCGCCGGUCUGUUGCGGGCUCAAGUGCAACCUCGAGGAAUAGACUACAUAUCUAGAGAGGGGACAUCUCCAGAGAACGAAAUUGCCAAUAUGAAUCGUUGUACAUGAAUCAAUCCCUCGUAGUUACAUAUAUAAGCCUGCCCAGACUAACGCCCCGCAUUAGCAUUCCGUGGCAUUCGGCAACCAACUAUAGCCCGUCAAAGGCUGAUCAUGCCCUCCACGGCGUCGUGGAAGAGUUCGUCUCCAGUCGCGAUGUCCUUCAGCGCGAAAACGAAAACGUGCUUCUUUUGAGAGAAACCCGCG